CAACCAAUAGCGCUGUUAUUCUACACUGUAUAUCUGUAGAUAGUUUUGAAAUGUCCAAAACAAAGAACGUCGAUGUCUUGGUAAUUGGCGCUGGGCCAACCGGCCUCGGUGCCGCUAAGAGACUCAACCAACUAAACUCCAAGUCGUGGGUCAUUGUCGACUCAAAUGACACUCCUGGAGGCCUUGCUUCUACCGACACCACACCCGAGGGCUUUUUGUAUGAUGUCGGUGGACACGUCAUUUUCUCCCACUACUUGUACUUUGACGACGUCAUCCACGAAGCCCUUCCCGAAAAAGAUGAUUGGUAUGAGCACCAGCGCAUCUCGUAUGUUCGCUUUGACGAGAAGUGGGUUCCAUAUCCCUUCCAGAACAACAUUGCAGCGCUCUCCAAGGAGGAGCAGGCCCGCUGCCUCGAAAGUCUGCUCGACGCUGCUCUAGAGGCUCGCGCUCGUUCUCCCGCGGACAAACCCAAGAACUUUGACGAGUGGAAUCUGCGCAAUGUCGGCAUACGCCUGACGGAGAUCUUCAUGCGUCCCUACAACUUCAAAGUCUGGGCGGUGCCUACUACGAUGAUGAAUGCGACUUGGCUUGGAGAGCGAGUUGCUGCUCCUGAUGUCAAGUUGCUUACUCGCAAUGCCAUUCUCAACAAGAUUGCAGGCAACUGGGGUCCCAAUGCGACGUUCAAGUUCCCAGCUCGCGAUGGAACUGGCGGCAUCUGGAAGGCCGUAUCCAAGACUCUCCCCAAAGAGAAGCAGCUUUACGGCCCCGGUAGUGCUGUGGUGAAGAUUGACACGGAUAAGAAAAUCGCCAAGCUUCAAGACGGAUCGGAGAUCCAGUACGAAACUCUGAUUUCAACCAUGGCCGUUGACCAGUUCGCCAAGGUUGCAGAUGACAGCACGCUUGAAAAGAUGUGCAAGCCGCUGUUCUACUCCAGCACCAAUGUUGUUGGGUUUGGUAUCCGUGGUGCUCGACCUCAGAGGAUUGGUGAUAAAUGCUGGCUCUACUUUGUACAGGAUGAUUGCCCGUUUUACCGCGCCACCAUCUUCUCCAACUACUCGCCUUUCAACCAGCCCUCAGCUGAUGUUAAGCUGCCCACAAAGUUUCUCGCAAAUGGACAGCCAGCUGCGUCCAAAGACCCUCAGCCUGGUCCGUACUGGUCUAUCAUGCUAGAAGUGUCAGAGUCGUCCUUCAAGCCAGUCAACCAUGAAACGAUUCUCCAGGAUUGCAUGAAGGCCAUGAUUGCCACCGACCUCCUGGAUGAGGAUGACGAGAUUGUUAGCACAUAUGUUCGCCGUUUCGACCAUGGUUAUCCUACACCCAGCUUGGAGCGCGAUGGUGCUCUGAACGAGAUUGAGCCGUACCUCAGGGGCAAAGACAUUCUAUCACGUGGUAGAUUCGGUUCUUGGAAGUAUGAAGUCGGCAACCAGGAUCAUAGGUAAGCUACGAUGCUGCUUCCUGUUUCCAUCAUAGAACCACAAUGCUAACCUUUCAAACAGUUUUAUGCUGGGUGUUGAAGCAGUGGACGCUGUUGUAAGCGGCGGUGUUGAGCUUACGCUCUUCUAUCCCGACUUUGUCAACAAGCGAAAGAAUGUUGAGCGUCGCCUUAAGUGAGGCCUCAACUUUAAGUGAAUCCACCGAUUCUUCAAAGGACAAAUUAGAAGGCCACUAGACUAGAGAUCAAGAUUUCGUUAUAGACUAGACUCGCGCCGCUGGAUCCACUAGAGCGAACGGAACGGCAUUAGAAGGCCGCUCAUUUUGCAGCGCGCGCCGCCUUACCAGCAUUUAGAUAAUACUGUCCCCGAUUCACAAUUCACCAUUUUUAUUCACUUUGGACAACUGUCACCUUGCUUCGCACCAGACAUACAUCUUGAGAACACCGACAGCUCAGAUUGUCUCGAUGUAGUAACUGCGGGGUAUUCUCGUCGGACUGGUCGAGAGCAAUCUGUACCUGCGGCGCCUUGUGAGGUCUGGACUGGACCGAAAGUUUAGGGCCUGCCGAUCCCGCCGGCUCGGGACGAGGGAGGAUUGUAAGUUUCACUUUAGCUUGCCCCAGCAAAAGAUAUUGAAUGCGACUGGACCGUUUAAUUGCUUUGUUUUGAUUUCAAGGGCACCCGCGCGCGAUGAGACCAGAGUCCGCGGCCCUGCUACCAGUUCGAACAGGCAGCUUGGCCGGCAGUGUGCCAUCAAGGCUUGGGCUUGGAGCCUGCAGAUUUGGGGGAG